AUGGAUUAUAAUGACAGACGCAUCAAGCUUGGAAAGAGCGUACCUGAUGCAUUAGUGACAGAUAUGUUGGUUUAUUUCUCUUAUCUCUUUUGCUUGGGUCACAUCGGUAGUUGUAUGAGUGCAAAGUGUUUUACAAAGUUUGAAAAAAGUGAUAAAAGUUAUUGCGCCUGUGAUUCAUCGAUGGAAUACUCAAGUUUGUUCAUGUUCUCAUCUGUGGAGGCGCUCAUGUUGUGUUCAAUGAGAUGUUCGCAAACAAGCAGUUGUGUGGCUUACAACUUCUUCACUGCUUCCAAACAGUGCCAGCUAUUCAACCAAACUUUAAAAAUAUAUUCUUCAGUUUCCGGUUGCCAAUAUUAUUUUAACAAAGAAAAUCACGACGCAACAUUUCUGCAGAGCAACAUUUUUUCGAUAACGGUGGACAAUGAGCUGUCAGAAGUAUACAUCAAUGGCGAUUCUGUACCAAUUGCGUUGUACUUUCCAAAUGCGAAGAAUUGGAUGAAGACUGACGCAUAUAACAUAACUGGAUACUUGUAUGCGCUCGCCAUCAAGUCCUACAAUGCGGGCGGAGCAGGUGGCAUGAUAGCCAAGACAUCGGAUAAUUACAUGCAGACAAACACUUCGUGGAAAUGCACCAACAUGUACUAUGAUGGCUGGUACAAAAUGGAUUACGACGAUUCAUUCUGGCCUCACGCUAUUGCUGGCAUUUGUGAAAGUGACAAAAAUCCAUCCAGGUCAAAUUAUUCCACACUGCCCCUAAAGAAAGCUUUCAUGAAGUGUUCCAUGAGAUGUUCACAAUCAACCAACUGUGUUGCUUACAACUUCCUUACUGAUUCCAACCAGUGCCAACUGUUUGGUAAAAUAUCCAUGAAGUAUUCCUUGGUACCCAAGACACUGUUUAACCAGUCUUUGCUGAUAACUGUGGACUUUAAGUUGGCUGAAUUCUUCGUCAACGGUAAUUCAGUACCUGUUGAAUCAAACUUUCCCAACGCAAAUGAGUGGACACAAAUUGAUUCCUACCAACUGGUUGGACCCACCUACAUUCUCGCCAUUAAGUCGCACAACACCGCAGCAGUAGAUAACUACAUCCUGACAAACACUUCCUGGAAAUGUACCAACAACUCCUACGCUGGCUGGUACGAAGUCGACUAUGAUGAUUCCUUCUGGCCUGAUGCUAUUAUUGGAAGUAAAGAUUCUUAUUCACCUGCUGUGAGUAGCAUUAUGAAACCUGCCCAUUGGAUCGUUGAUUCAACAGACCAUGGCGCUGAGUUUUACUGCCGGAAAAAGUUGAUGUUCGUCUGCUUCGCAAUUUUUUCCCUUUUUAUUUGA